CAUUUAACGUUAUAUAUAAAUCUGGUUAGCUCAGUCGUGGUGCUUACAUUCAGGAUGAAGGUUUGGUUGUUUGUGGUGUGUUGGCUGUGUUUUACAGCUGUGUUCGGGUGUUCUGAAAAGCAAGCUUUUGUGUGCUCACCUCCGUUUGAAAUUUACGAGGGCAAUUGUUACAACAUCAGUACAGACAAAGUGUCAGCAGACGAGGCUUUUGCCCGGUGUAGUCGUAUGGGGGCAUACCUCGCCAACUUUGAGACAUUGGAGGAAGCAAUGCUGAUGAAGCAAAAAUUGAAAGAAAUGAAUACAGGUCUCCAUUUUUACGUCGGUGGGAGAAACAUAAACAGAAGGAAACCAGAAGGGGACUGGAGGUGGAUCAGAAAUGGAGAAAUGAAGGAAAUGACGUACUUCGCUUUUGGAGCCGGGGAACCAAAUGGAAAUGACGGAGCUCCCCAAGACUGCAUGUUCUUUUAUGCAGCAAAGCAAUACGCAUUUCAUAACGUCUUUUGUGACAAUGGUUCAUAUCUCGGUGGUUAUAUCUGCGAAAAGUAAAAAAAAAAAAAAAUAAAAUAUUGAAUUUUUUUCUUUUGCUAUAUAUAUACAGUCGAGUAAUUUACGCGUUUAUCGUAAAACAAACCUAUAUAGAUACCGAAGAUCAAAGUUAAAAAAAGAAAAAUAUCUUAUCAAUAAAACAUUUAUCCAACAGCAAA